AUGUCGACCGUGUCGGGAUGCCUCGGCGACGGGCGACGGCCCGACGAGAAGCUGCGGGGCGACGGGCGGCGGCCCGACGAGAAGCUGCAGGGCGACGGGCGGCGGCCCGACGAGAAGCUGCGGGGCGACGGGCGGCGGCCCGACGAGAAGCUGCAGGGCGACGAGCGGCGGCCCGACGAGAAGCUGCGGGGCGACGGGCGGCGGCCCGACGAGAAGCUGCAGGGCGACGGGCGGCGGCCCGACGAGAAGCUGCGGGGCGACGGGCGGCGGCCCGACGAGAAGAAAAGAUGA